AUGAGAGGAGGCCACUUCCUACCAGUAUGCAAACUCCCAUGCGAUAUCUCCCUUCUCUCUUCAACUGCCGACCCUCGGUUCGGUGCUGCAACACUGCGAUGCAACAUUAGCAGAAGAUCCGAUUAUCGCGACUAUUUCGCAGGGGAACCCUGCUGUUUAUUUCUUUCUCGUUUUCCCCACCACUUCUUGCGACAUGCCCAACAUCGUCCUCUUCAGCGGGAGCUCUCACCACGACCUGUCCCAGAAAGUGGCGGAUCGUCUGGGACUGGAUCUGGGCAAAGUGAUAACCAAGAAGUUCAGCAACCAGGAGACAUGCGUGGAGAUUGGGGAAAGUGUGCGCGGCGAGGACGUGUACAUCGUGCAGAGCGGGUGCGGCGAGAUUAACGACAACCUCAUGGAGCUGUUAAUUAUGAUCAAUGCCUGCAAAAUUGCCUCGUCGUCGCGCGUCACUGCCGUCAUCCCCUGCUUCCCUUAUGCCCGCCAGGACAAGAAGGACAAGAGCCGAGCGCCAAUAUCGGCCAAGUUGGUGGCAAACAUGUUGUCUGUUGCUGGUGCCGACCACAUCAUCACCAUGGAUCUUCAUGCGUCACAAAUCCAGGGAUUUUUUGACAUCGCAGUGGACAAUCUAUACGCAGAGCCGGCCGUCCUGCAGUGGAUAAGGGAAAAUAUCCCGGAGUGGAAAAACUGCAUCAUUGUGUCUCCUGAUGCAGGUGGCGCAAAACGCGUAACUUCCAUCGCGGACCGGCUGAACGUUGACUUCGCCCUCAUCCAUAAAGAGAGAAAGAAGGCCAAUGAAGUGGACCGCAUGGUACUGGUGGGAGACGUCAAAGAUCGUGUGGCAAUCUUGGUGGAUGACAUGGCUGACACUUGCGGUACCAUCUGCCACGCUGCCGACAAGUUGAUUGAUGCCGGUGCUGUGAAAGUCUAUGCCAUCCUCACUCAUGGCAUUUUCUCUGGCCCAGCCAUUUCACGUAUUAACAAUGCGCCAUUUGAGGCAGUAGUGGUAACCAACACAAUCCCACAGGAAGAGAAGAUGAAGGCGUGCCCCAAAAUACAGGUUAUUGACAUUUCCAUGAUUCUGGCGGAAGCGAUUAGGAGAACCCACAAUGGUGAAUCUGUGUCCUACCUCUUCAGCCACGUCCCCUUGUAAAGGCGAGCAAGGGAGGAGUCCAUCAACCCCUCCGUCCUCUUCAACUGAGCCAUCGGCUGCGACCGCUCCUCUUUUCUAAAGGCUUGAGUGUCAGGUGGUUUUAGUGAAAUAGAUCUCACCCACAGAUUGUCUUUGAAUAUUUUCAUGCAGGACAUUGAGAGAGACAGCCCCAACCCUUGCUAUGACCAAAGGGUCAUGAUGCACCUGCCGUAUCCUGUUAUAAACUUUAAAUGCAUCAUUCCACUUCCACUUUACAUUUUAUUUGAAAAAGAAACCCCAACUUUUUGGUAACAUGCACCUUUACCCAUUAAGUAUUCCCAGUAGCUGUUGCUAUAUAUUGAGACUGACAGUCUCAAAAAAGGUCAUGGAGUCCAAUUUGAUCAAUGAUUUUUAUUGUUAUUAAUCGAUAAAUGAUUCAAGCCUUGGCGAUGAGGAUUUUUUUUUUUUUACCUGCAAUGGAGCUUUUUUUUUUUUUUUUUUUU